AUGAGAGUUGCAAGCUAUAGAAUAUAGAAGUUUGAUGGAAUGCUAAUAAUUUUGAUCUCUAAUUUACUUGAUAUUCAAAAAAAAAGAUAUAAGGUGAGUAACCAAUAUAAAAAUUAAGCACAUUAACCCUAAAUUAAAUUUCUAUUCACUUAUCUUUAUUGUUAAGAGCGAUCCUAGAGUUAGAUAGAAAGCUAAAUAUAUCACAAAAGCCUUAAUACAGUCCUUGAGAUUAAAGUUCUGCAAAUAAGCGAACCUAAAAUAAAUUAUGGCAUAGAUUGCAAACUCAUAGAAUCUCAUAAGCACCAAAACAUAAGCAUUGAUUGCAAUAUCAUUAGUAUCAUUUUCAAUCUCAUAGCUUCUCAAACCAAAUAAAUAAAUGAAAUUUUAAAUGCCAUAAAGAUAUUCAGAGAAAGCCCUAUAUUUGAGAUAAUAUUAAGUACUCAUAGGGAUUUGUUUGUAAAUAAUUACAAACACUACUUCUAUUUAAAAGAAACAAAAUACCCAAAAAAUAUUUCUUUUGCUAUGAUAAAAAUCUUAAUUGAAAAAGACGUACUGUGA